AUGCCAGCGCUCGUCUUGACACUUUCCGCCCACUUUGAACUUUCAAUUAAUCUGAAACUCUGCGCUGGAAAGGAUCGUACCAUUACAAUCCAUGAAGAGAACAUCAAACAUCCCCAACUAGGUAGGUACAUACCAGAUGUAUUCCUCCUGGAAACUUCUUCCUCUGCCGCUUCCAUCAUCACAAAACUCAAAUGCUUGUUUGACAGUUUUGUGCGGGGACGGGCUAAGCCCGAUUCAAGCCACUCUACUGUACCCAUGCAUGUUAAUCACCCGACCCACCUUCUCGAAGACCUGCGAUUCGCCCUCCGUUCGACGUUGUUCACUCGCCUGGGCCAUUCCAGUACUCCCAAGAAGCCGUGCUGGAUGCCGCCUUACGGGUCGCCAAAAACAUCAUCGGAGUACAGCGGCAGCAGUGAUGAAGUUCCCGGCCUCGUAAGCGACUACCAAAGUAUGCUGCAUACUGGAGGUCACGAGAAUACAAAUCUCGGUGAUCACGACACAGAGCUCCUUUCACAAGGUAAUCCUUGGCAAGCUCACCAUCACUGCUCCGAGGCCCAGAGUCGUCGCCGUGCCCAUCUCGUCUACGGCUCUAUAGUAGUCUGGUCCAAGUCCGAUCAAGCUUGCGUCCCUAUCACAGGACCAUGCAGCAACAUCGUGGCGAGAAAGGCGCCGAUGAGAAUGGUUUUGCGUCUCGAUAAUUGUCUACUCAUUAGCGACACCGGUCUCUCGACAUCGCGAAUCUCGCUUGAGCUGUUGUGGCCAUAG